CCUGCGAGCCGGCUGGGGCAGGGCCGCUUCUGCGUCGGGGUUCCGUGACGCUCCUGCCGGGGCAGAGCGACCUCGGGAAGCGUGGGCUUUUUAAAAUUUAUUGUUAUUUUCGCCCCUAAUGCACUUGACUUCGUACAGGCGGGUGGCUUGCGUGCGUUUUGGAGUCGGUGAGAGGCCCAGCGUAGCUGCCGGCUGAGCGUGCCAAGGCCCCGUGCCGCCGUUGUGACUCCGGGGCAGCCCGCUUAUCGGUGCCCCGAGAGCUGCCGGCCGUCGGGCUGCGGUGGUGCGAAGGAAGUCAAGCCAACGCCAAACCGCGCCGCCGGCUCCUUGCAGCAGAAGCACGUCGUGUUCUCCCUGCGGGGUGUUGUCACAGGUGUCUUGUAACGUGGCAAGGAGGCGUGAGGUUUAUUUCAGGUUUUCUCGUGCUCUCGCUGCGGUUCUUGCUUUCAGCCUGGAGCCCCAGAGGAACGUGUGCGGACGCAGGCUGCCGCUCUGAGGAGCUGCUCUGCCCACACACGGCUCGGGCUGGUACAGAGGAAGCAGGCGUUGCUCUGCGGCAGCUUUCUCUGGAAUUUAUUGCCGGGACCUGAGUGGCCAGCCUCGGCUUUGUGGUUGAGCAGAAGCAGGUGUUGCGGGAUGCUGUGCCAAAACAACCACUGCACCACUUGAUCGAGUGAAGAUCUUGCUGCAGGCUCAUAACCACCAUUACAAACAUCUAGGAGUGUUUUCUACGCUGUGUGCUGUCCCCAAAAAGGAAGGUUACCUUGGGCUGUAUAAAGGAAAUGGGGCCAUGAUGAUUAGAAUCUUUCCAUAUGGUGCAAUUCAAUUUAUGGCGUUUGAUCAAUACAAAAAGGUAAUAAAGAAGCACCUUGGGAUUUCAGGGCAUGUGCAUCGAUUGAUGGCUGGAUCCAUGGCAGGUAUUACAGCAGUGAUUUGUACUUACCCUCUUGAUAUGGUUAGAGUUCGUCUGGCAUUCCAAGUAAAAGGGGAACACAAGUACAUGGGAAUUAUCCAUGCAUUCAAGAUGAUUUACACAAAGGAAGGUGGUUUUAUUGGGUUCUACAGAGGGCUGAUGCCAACUGUGGUAGGAAUGGCUCCAUAUGCGGGUUUUUCUUUUUUUACCUUUGGUACCUUAAAGAGCAUUGGACUUGCUCAAGCACCUAACUUGCUUGGACGGCCUUCCUUAGAUAAUCCCGAUGUCUUAGUUUUGAAAACACAUAUAAAUCUGCUGUGUGGUGGCAUAGCUGGAGCAAUAGCUCAGACGAUAUCAUAUCCCCUUGAUGUAACUCGCAGGCGAAUGCAGUUAGGAGCAGUUCUCCCGGACUCUGAAAAGUGCCUUACAAUGGUGCAGACACUGAAAUACGUGUAUCAACAACAUGGAAUACGAAGAGGACUGUACCGUGGUCUGUCACUGAAUUACAUUCGUUGUAUCCCUUCCCAGGCUGUGGCUUUUACCACGUAUGAACUUAUGAAACAAUUCUUGCGCCUCAACUGAACUUUUUUAAGCUUUAAUGUAAAAGUUACGCUGGUGAAUAAACUACUUGAAGUUAAAUAUAUAUUGUGGCACUGCUGUUGUCGGACAACUUAAUUUUAAUUGCCAAGAUUUAAUUAAAUUGGAGUCAAACUAGGAGACAGAUCAUAAUAAGCAUUAGUUAGCGAGAAACAUUUUUUGCACUUAAUCUUACAGGCUUCAUUAGAUAAACCUUAAGAACUGCACAGUUUUAAAAUUACACCCACAUUUUAUACAGGUUUCAAGCUGUUAGUUGUUUAGCUUUAUCACCAUUCCAGGAGUUAAACACAUGAUUAUAUUGCUUUCUGAGCUACUCGUUAGACAUCUGUUCUUCCUUAACAUUUUAAUUGAUUAAAUUUAUUUGAAUAAAAUGGAACAGUUUUCUUAUUCAACUACUUGCCAACUCUGUUGAAGCUGAACUUGGUAGACCACAACUUAACCAUUUUUUCUUUUUGCCUUUUGUACAAGUUUUCUGUUUGUUAAGAACAAAGCAUGUAUCUUCGUGUGGGUAUAUAUGGGAGUUUUUUCAGCCUCUUCAAUAACAAAUGAUGAGAUGUAUUUAAAAUCAUUGGUAAUCCUGCAAUUUAGAAACCAGUUUCAUUGCAUGCAUUCUGUUCUUAAAAAAAAUAAAAAUCUACACAAAUAACAAUGGGAAACUUGUACAGUGAUAAGUGGUAGAAAAGAUCUUAAGGCAGUUAGCAUGUAAUCUUACAAGGCAUUUCUGUACCUUUUCUGUAGAGCUUAAUGUUUUCAAUUCAGUUUAUUGAAGGCUUUGAGUACAUGAAGGACUGGCUCUUGUAAACAGGUCUGCCCCUACCUUAAAACGUGGGACAAACAGGACUGCAUGCUGCUGCACUUAUGUAUUUAGGCGUAUGGACCAUUUAGGCACAUGGAGAAGAAAAUGAAGAUUAUAUUAGAGUCUGUAUAUGUGUGUAUGUGUUAUUUCUAAAGUAUGGUAUGCAAUACAUUAUUAUACUUCUUCUCCUUCAAUUCCUUGUAGAGAAGUUAUUGUUCGGACUCAUUUAUACAUAAUUUGCAUUGGUACUCCUGAUUUUAUUCACUUGAGUUGGGAAGCUGUAAAGCAUUUACUUAUGUGAUAUAAGUUAUUUAUUUAUUGCAAUAUUUUUAGCAGUGUCCUUUAAGAGUUGGUAAUGGUUGUAUUAAAUAAACUGGUGGAUUAUGUGAUCAAUUUACUUAAUUUUGAAAAAUUAGACUGGAUUUUGAGUUAUGUAUCUCAAACCAACUGUUAUUACUUUUUUUUUUUUCUGGUUUCUUAAAAGUAUCUAUUUCUUUUAUAUUUAACAAUACAGUUAUGGGCAGAGAACAAGAUAUAUUUGAAUUUAUUUUAUUAAAAAUUUUGAAUGAAUAUAUUUGUGUGAUUUGUGUGUGUGUGUAAAGCAGAGUCCAGCAUACUCACGCUUGAGAAGAAAGCAGCAGUAGAAUGUGUCAGCAAAACAACUGAGUAGGAUACUGAAUGUGAAAAACAGCCCUACAGUGCUGUAUCUUCAGCAUUACUUUUUCAAAACAGAGCUUACAAGUGUGUUAAUAAUUCUACUUGAAAGUACUAAAAUACUUCAGAAAGGUGUAUGAAGGGAAAAAGGGAGCUGGAAGGGAGGAGACUUGUUUCUAAUUUUUUUGGUAGAUAUUUCUAACCUUUUUUGAAAAGAUUAUUAUUAAAUAUAUUUCUUAAUCAGCACACUAUUUUGAGUAUCUGACUAAUGUGUUCCAUAUAUCUGACUGGCU